AUGUACUCUCUCCUCACCCCUAUUCGAUACGUGCUCAAUCCCAGGUUUCAUCUUACUACGCCACUGGAAUCGGGGUUGCUGUACAUUGCACCUGGAGCGGGAUACGUUAUUGGCUGCCAGAUUGGCGGUCGAUGGGCUGAUUACACCGUCAGCUCGUGGAUCCGGAAGCGCGGCAUCCGCUUGCCGGAGGACAGACUUCGAAGCAGUCUCGUCUUCCUCGGCCUGAUGUUGCCAGGAUCCAUGGUUCUGUACGGCUGGACGUUGGACAAGAAGUUUGGUGGCAUCCCUCUUCCUGUUAUCUGCAUGUUUCUGCAAGGCAUCGCACAGUUGGCUGCGUUUCCAAGCUUGAAUGCUUACAUUCUGGAUGUCAUGCAACAUCAAAACGGGGAAGCUUCAGCCAGCCACUACCUCAUGCGAUAUAUGUGCGCCGGUCUUGCAACUGCGGUGUGCCUUCCUUUGAUAGAAGCCAUCGGUGUCGGUUGGGUUUCAACGAUGUCAGCUGGGAUACAAUUCAUCUGUGCCGGACUAGUAUACCUGACCGUUCGACUCGGCGAAGGCUGGCGGCAAACACAUCAAUUACCCAUUCCGCUGUAG